AUGGCCAGGAACAAUAACAAAAAGAAACAAAGAAAUAAGAAUAAGAAGAAUAAGAAUAAUGAUUCCCAAGUAAAUUUGAAUGACCCAACCGAGAAGGUAGUGGAUGAUGAUAAUAACAAACCUGAGGAGAAUAAUAUUCAAAGUAAUGAAAUUGAAUUGGAACAGUCGGCUGAUGAUAAUAAUACAAAUAAUGAAGAACAAGAAACAGUUGAAGCAGGAGAGGAUGAGGUAGAUCUCGAUGAUGCACCUGAAACAGAAGUGAGUGUUCAACCUGUUGAGAAAGGAGAAAAAGAGGGAUCUGAUAAUGAAAUUGAAAUGGAUGAUGAUGAUACUGGAAAUGAAAUUAAGAAUCCAGGGGACGAUGUUCACAUUAAAAAGGAUUCCAUUGAACAAAAUACAACUAAUAACGAUGCUGAAAAUGUUGCUGUUUCGACAGAUGCAAAUGAAACCGUUGAAAGAGAAGUAACUGAAACUGAACCAGGAAAAGAAGAAAUAGUAAACAUCCCUGGAUCACCUGUUACAGAAGAACAAUCUACAGAUAUCCAAAAGAAUGAUUCUAUGAAAGAACCUACUACUACUGUAGAUGAUAUCCAACAAGUUGUAACUUCGAUAGAAACCAAUGAUGAGGAUAGUGCUUCUUUGGUAGAAAAAGAAAGUACUAUAAUUCAGAAAGAAAUAGAUGAAAAUUUCCCUAAUAAAGAACCUGAACUAAUCGUUGAACAUAGCAAAGAUGAGCAACAACCAGAUAACACAGAAGGAUCAAUGGGUGAUGAAAUAAUAGAAUUGGGUCCACAGAAUGAUGGAACUGAGUCGACCAUCACCUCUUCAGUACCAGCUUUACCUCCAAGACACACAGACAUUGCAUCAACGCCACAGGAGGGACUAGCUCCGCCACCAUUACCGGCAAGAACAUCGUCUUUAGAAGACAACUUAUCACACACUUCUAAUUCAGAGCCUCUAAAUCAAAAGAGUAUGAUUCUAAACAGACUAGAUUUGACAAUAAAGGAUCUAAAGGAUAAUGACAGAUUUGUCGAGAGACCUAAAGAAGACAUAAUAUCACAGAGUGACUCAAAUGAUUCAAUUUGGAUUAAUAUCAUAAAUGAUCCUGUUCAAAAUAUACCUAUUGCGGCAGAUACACUGCAAAAUGAAAUUAUUAAAGGAAUCGAUCCUACAUUACGUCCUUUAUUAUGGAAAUCUUUAACUUUAGGGUAUUGUCGUGAUUGGGAGCCAAUUUACAAGGCUCUAGAGGGGAAAACAAGCAUUAAAGAUAACGAUUUUAUAGUGAAACAAAUCCAAGGUUAUCAAGGAUUACAAGAAACGGAUAUCGAAUCAGUUUUCAAUAUAUUGUCUGCAUUAGUGUCAUUGGAUGCCACAAUUCAACCUACAUCUCAAGCAAUUGCCUUGGCCGUGACAAUAUAUAAAGUGUACGAGAAUGAGUUGGAUUCAUUUGGUGUGAUGGUAACACUAUUGAAAUCAUACGAUUGGGUGGCUUUGUAUUCGGAAAAUAGCGAGAACUUGGCAAUGUUACUAUAUCAAUUCGAUAGACUAUUAGAAGAGAAUUGUCAUGAUCUUUAUACACAUUUGAUCAAGAAGGGUCUUCGUUCAUCAAUGUUUGCUUCUGAUUGGCUUUUAAGCAGUUUCGCAUCGACACUACCUGUAAAAUAUAUUCCCCAAAUUCUAGAUGUGGUAGUUCUUGAAGGUAUACCAGCUUUGUUGAAAUUUUCGUUGGCUUUAAUGAUGAAAAACGAAGAUAACUUACUACAACUUGAAUUUGAUGACUUGUUCUUUUAUUGCAAGAAUAGGCUAUUUGAACCAUAUGUCCAAAAAGAUACUACUGAGGAUGAAAGUGAAAUCUCUGCUAAGAAUGAGGAAGAUACAGACCUAAAUAAUGAGAGUGAUGCGUCCAGUGUUGAAUACAAGAGGCUAAUUGUGCUGACAGAGGAUAAUUUUGAUGUUCACCAAUUCGUCACUGACGCGAUCGAAAAGACUAGAAUUACACCAGAGUUACUGAAACGUUACAGUGACGAAUAUGUGGAGAUUCAUAGGAAUGAGCUUGCACAAGAAGAACAAUUUCAACAAAUGAGAGAUGAAAACUUCAAAUUGCAAAAUGAAGUGCGUGAAUUAGAGAGAGAUUAUACGUCACUUAAUAGAGAACAUGUUACAAUCGCUAAUGAGUUGUUACAAAAUCACAUAAAGAUCGAAGGUGUUACUGAAGCGAAUACAAGGAUGAAAAUGGAAAUUUUACAAUUAAGAAAACAAUUAGAUACACAGAUAAAGAAAAAUAAUAGUAAUACUAGUAUCCUAGUCCCUAGUGAUAUUCAAAAGGAUUUAGAAAUGACUUUAAAGAAGAAUGGUAAGGUUAUGCAACAAAAUUUGAUCUACCAAGAUCGUAUAACCAGUCUGGAGAAAUUGAUAAGCGAUAUAAAGACAGCUACUGCUGAAGGAAUAGACUAUGAUGCUGCGAACGGUAUCUCAUCCAGUGCAUUCAAAAGCCCACUUCUUUCUGGGGGCUGGACUGGUUUAAAAAAAGUCUUUAAAUGA